CUACAUAUUUGCCUGGUGCUGUAGGUGCAGAGGUGUCUCAGGUUGACGUCAUGCUCAGUGGACAUGUGGUUCGACACCCUGCCCUCGGACUGGACCCGGUUCCGUCACUUAUUGAUGAGCCGCCGCUGUGCAGGAAUGUGCGGGUCCUGGUGUUGACGCGUCACUAAGGUGACGGGAACAAUGGCGGGCAGCUGUCGGCCUGUCGGAGGAGGCAACACACAGAUUUAAACUACAAGAAAAUUCUGGAUUUUUUCGACAUGGAACCGAGCCUGAGACCGGCCCCGCACUCGGUGAAGCGGUGGCAGCUCGGCGGGACCGACUACGACCCGCAGCCGUCCCAGACCCUCUUCAGCACCUGGACCCCACUGAACCACAAGUCCGGGAACCUGCAGUUGUUCGAGGAGAGGAUGAAGCUGGUGCUGCACUGGUUCGACCUGUGGACGGACCGGCAGAGGAAACACCUGCUGCACUCUCUGCUCGCUCGCUGCAGUGGCUCACAGCUCAGGCACUGCAGGGAUCUGCUGAUGGAGACGGUUCCUGUGACCCGAGUGGACUUCACGGCGGUUCUGCCUCGCUUCCUGUCCCUGUAUGUGAUGUCAUUUCUGACCCCUCGUGACCUCUGCGCCGCCGCCCAGGUCAGCUGGCACUGGAGGAUCCUCGCCGAGCAGGACUGCCUCUGGGCCGGGCGCUGCAUCAGGAGAGGCUGGUUCCUUCCCUACGCUCCGGGAGAGAAAGAGUUCGGAGCGUGGAAGAACCACUACGUCGCCUGCUUCUCCACGCUGGACUGGCUCGCUCCGCGGGAGGUGGCAGAGCAGUACGGGACGUUGAACCGGCCGAGCCCAGAGGAGGAGGAGGAAGAGGAGGAGAGGAGGAAGGAGAGGAGGAUCCGGCAGAUGAUCCGAGACAGACUGCAGGAGGAGAAGAGGCUGUCGAUCAGAACCAGGAGAGCCUGGGGUAGCUACUCAAAGCCAGGGGGAGACAGAGGAGGGAGGCCCGGUUCUGGACUCACACUCAGGUCGUGGCCUUCUGUCUCCUGGACUGACUUGUCUCCCAACCUGGACAGAGAACAGGAGAGAGUCCAGCCUUCCACUAGCAGUGACGGACCGACCCGAGCCAGUGGAGCUCUGUCCUCCUUCACCUAUAGACCUGCACCGCCACACUCGGCCCCUCACGUCCACCUGCCCCCUCCGGCCCUCUUACUGCUGGUCUCCGACAGGAUCCCCGCCUAUGAGCUGCUGCUGAGCGGUGUGAAGGCCGGAGUGAUUCUGGUUCUGUACGACCACAGAGGGACUCUCUCGGCUCUGUUAGCCCAGGCGGAGAGGGCCGUUUCCGGGCAGAGAGCACGGAGGCUGGGCCUGCUCGCUCCAGGAGGAACGGAGGAAAUCCAUCUGCUUCGCGGAAGCAGCUUGUCAGAAAAGACUCUCCGGACCCCCGACUGUAGAGACUUCUGGGAGAAGCUGUGUGGCUGGGUGGCACCGACCGACGAGGGAGGAGGCAUCGACAUCUUCUCCCCGCUGGCUGCAUCCGCAUCAGGCGUGGCUCUGAUCCAGACCCUCUCUACUCUGACCGGUCUGGAGGUUCGGGCGCCCAUGGGUCUUGCCACCGGAAGUUUCCAAAACAUCCUGAGUGAGUGGUCCGACAGCAGCGUGGGCGCCGGACUCUCGGACCAGCAGCCAGCGUCCCCGCCGCUGCAGUACGUGUGCGAGGGCGUCCUGCAGGCCUGGUGCUCACAGGCCCAGUGGAUGGAGGAGGUUCUGGUGGAGCUGAGGGCCCGCCUGGCGCCGCAGCUACAGCGGGUCAGCCUCCAGGCCAGAGGCCGAGCUCUGGGACGUUUACUGUGUGAGGCAAUCUGCCUGGAGGAGCUUUUUGUGUCCACAGAUCUGAGCGAGGCUCUGACGGAGGGACUCGCUGCUCUCAGCAGACAGCAGGAGACCAGACCUCUGGAGUUUCUCGCCAGCUUCCUGACAAGAUGGCGUGAGCAGAAGGAGAAAGAGGAGAGCGGCGAUGAUUUCUCUUUAUCAUCGCACAGAUCAGAGAAAGGCCUCGACCGGGCCCGGAUACCUGAGCUGCCACAGACGGUGUUCGACUGGAGAGGCGCCGUCGCCAGAGAGCUGCACCACAGCGAGGGUGUUUAUCUGAGCAGACUGGGCGCCGUGAUGAAGGUGUACCAUGAACCUCUCACAGCCGCCCUGAACUCCAACAGAGCCAUCCUGAGCUUCGCCGACAUCCACACUGUCCUCAGCCCGGUCGCACAGAUCCUGGAGCUCAACAGGGUGUUUCAGGCUGAUUUACGAGCCAGGCUGCAGCAGUGGGGCGCUGAGCAGUGUGUCGGAGACGUGUUCCUGAAACUGUGCUCCAAACUCCGAGUCUACACCAACUACCUCAACAGCUACGCCACCGCCGUCCGCACCAUCGACAAGUGCAGGGAGACAAAACCUCCGUUUCGGGCUUUCCUGAACAGAUCGGACAGAACACUAGCGACACACAUGCUGAACCUGCAGGAGCUGCUGCUGUGUCCGGUCUGGAGGAUGCAGGAGUACGUGACUCUGCUUCAGGCGCUGACGGUGCACACACACCCCGGCCACCCAGACCACACGCACCUCUCCUCCGCCCUCGGCACCCUGCUACGAUUCAGAGGGUUCAUACAGAAGUCGAAGGGGAACGCGGAGAGAGACCGACAGAUGGAGGAGACGCAGCAGAUGAUCCGAGGCUGCCCGAGCCUCAGUGAAGGAAACAGGCAGCUGAUCGUAACUCAGGAUGCUGCUUUGUUCCGGAGCCCCGACGAACAGAUCCCAGACUCCCUCAGGAUCUUUGAGCAGGUGUCUGAUGUGGGCCUGUUCCUGUUUAAUGACGCUUUGGUGUUGACGAGGCGAAAUGUGCACCACACGCUUUUCACGCCGGCCCACCGGAGCACACACACCUUCCUGGCAUCGGUGGCUCUCUGCAGCCUGGCCGUCAGAGAGAUCACACACUCGCGCUAUGUGAGUCACGCCUUCGUCCUGGAGGGUCCCUGCCGGUCCUGGGUUUGUGCCACGAACAGCGGCGAGGAAAGGGAGCACUUCCUCUUGGUGCUGCGUUCAGCGAUAGACGCCGCUCUGACAGAACAUCAGUGACAAGAGAAGCCCUCCUGUGUUGCCCAGCGUGACGGAGCAGAGCCCAGACGGAUCCGAUGGUAGGAAGGUGUGAAUAGCUGAAGUCGUCUGUCACCACCGAGGGCCACCGGGGAAGAAGACGGAUCGCCUACAACGAUCCUCAGACCGAGAUCCUCCGGUGCUGCAUCCUCAAAACACAGAUAAACACCUGCGCCGACACAAGAAGGCCUUAAAUGCAGCUUUCAGAACGAUUACGUGCUCCAUUUUAAUCAGAUUAAACUGGAUUCUGCUGUGGAGAAGGAUGUGGAAGGCUGGGAUUUGUUUUCAGUGAGCGCUGAAAGAUUUGGGUCUGUUUUCUUUCAGUAAUUAGGGUUUUUUUUUUUGUUUCAGAGCAGAUAUUUAGUCAACUUAUCAUCUAUUUUAUCUCAGUUUUAUGUGUUAUAUCAUCAAGUUUAACUACAAACAUUUUUUUACAUACUUGUACUCUAAUAUCUGAACUUCCACUCCACCACCUGUAUUAUUUAUUACCUUAGUCACUAGUUACUUUACAACAGAGCCAAAUCAGAUGAAGAAAUAAGAUACUUACAAUAAUAGUUGAUUACACCACUGAUAACUACAAGAAUACAGUUUAUACGUACAUAGAAAUAUAUGUUGAAUUUACUUUUACUUGAACUUUUGAAACAUUUAUUACCAGGUGACUGCGUUUAAUACUCAAGUGCAUUUAACAUCAGAUACUUUAUGAUGAUUUGUGAUGUUUUAACACGAUAUCUUUACUUUUCACAACACUGUGUGAGACAUAACUCAACAUAUGUACAUAGGAGCAUAAAACAUACAUAUUUGUGUGAAACUAUUCCAGUUUUUAAUAAGUUUCACUAAAGUUUUGUUUGUAAAUCUGUUACUUGAUGCUACGUGAUGUUGUUUGUUUUGUUUCUGUUCGGCCAGCAGAGGGCAGCACUUUGUUAAUUUUGGAAGUGGCUGCUCAGCCUCAAGCUAUAACGUCUCCUUUACAUAUUCACUCAGUUGUUUUUGACUACAAAUGCUUAAAAAAACUUAUAAAAGGCUCAUUUUGAUGCAUGGCCACAGUGUUAUUGUGUAGUUAAAGGUGCACUACGUAGUUCCAGGGCAAAAAGCUGGUAUUAAUAUUAAUAUUUAAAAAAAAUAUAAGAAAAAAAAAUUCUGUCCUCUAAAUCUGUUGAAUGUUUGAAGCAAGUAAUUAAAUAUCCUGCAAACAUAAAUAAGAA